GUGCGCGCUCCCGGCCGUGCCGCCGCGGCGACCAGAGCAGCGGCAGGAGGCGGCAGGAGCCCCGCCGCCAUGGACAGCACGGGGAAGGAGCGGGAGGCCGUGCAGCUGAUGGCGGAGGCCGAGAAGCGAGUGAAGGGCUCGCACUCCUUCCUGCGGGGGCUCUUCGGGGGCAACACCAGGGUGGAGGAAGCCUGUGAAAUGUACACCAGGGCUGCCAACAUGUUCAAGAUCGCCAAAAACUGGAGUGCCGCAGGGAACGCCUUCUGUCAGGCAGCCAAGCUGCACAUGCAGCUGCAGAGCAAACACGACUCGGCCACCAGCUUCGUGGACGCCGGCAACGCCUACAAAAAGGCAGAUCCCCAAGAGGCCAUCAACUGCUUAAAUGCAGCUAUCGAUAUCUACACCGACAUGGGCCGCUUCACCAUCGCUGCCAAGCACCACAUCACCAUCGCCGAGAUCUACGAGGCCGAGCUGGUGGACAUAGAGAAGGCCAUCGCACACUACGAGCAGGCGGCGGACUACUACAAGGGAGAGGAGUCCAACAGCUCAGCCAACAAGUGUCUGCUGAAGGUGGCUGCCUACGCCGCGCAGCUGGAGCAGUACCAGAAGGCCAUAGAGAUCUACGAGCAGGUGGGGACCAACACGAUGGACAACCCUCUGCUCAAGUACAGCGCCAAGGAGUAUUUCUUCAAAGCUGCUCUGUGCCACUUCAUCGUGGAUGAGCUGAACGCCAAGCUGGCGCUGGAGAAGUACGAAGAAAUGUUCCCGGCCUUCACAGACUCCCGGGAGUGCAAACUGCUGAAGAAGCUGCUGGAGGCACACGAGGAGCAGAACAGUGAGGCAUACACUGAGGCGGUGAAGGAGUUUGACUCCAUCUCCCGCCUGGACCAGUGGCUCACCACCAUGCUGCUGCGCAUCAAGAAGUCCAUCCAGGGGGAGGGGGACGGUGACCUCAAGUGACCCCAGCGCUGCCCCAGCCCCCAGCCUGCAGCCACAGCCCCCAUCUGUGCCCUCCUCCUCCUCAUGCUGACCCAUCCCUCGCCACUCUGUCCCUUCAGCCCUGCCCAGGGGUGGCUGGGAGGCUGCUGCCCAGCUUUGGUGGCUGCAGCAUGGCCAGCUGUGUGUGUCCCAGCUGUGUUGCUGUGUCAGGACACCCCCCUGGCACUGCCUGGGCUGCUGUGUCAAUGCUGGAGCUGUGUUCCUGGUAGCCCUGCAAGGACCUGUGUCUGCCAGCACACCCUCUCCACCAGCACACGUCUCUGCCCCUCCUUUCUCUUCAGGCAACCAAAAGCCUCCAACCCCAGCUCCUCCCCUGUUCUGCACUUGUCACUUUGUCUGCCAUCUCCAUACUGGUGGGAGCAGGACACUGGCUCAUUGCUCCAAGGGGUCCUUUUCUGUGACAGCUUGACUGCUUAAGGCAAAGCAAAACCCACCCUGCUCCUGGGCCACACCAAAAUCAGGUUCAGUUUGUGUUCUUCCUGCCCCCUCUCCCCCUGGUGCAGAGCUCCCUGGUAUUCUGGCCCCCUGAGCUGUGCAGAGGCAGGCAGCUGAGUGCCCUGGGAAGGGCUGCCCUGUGCUCUCCCUCCCACAGCAACACUCCCCCUCUGCACCCCCUGGGGCUGAGGCUGUGGCUGCUGCCUCGGCUGGGGCUGCCUUGGCUGGGCCUUUCCCCCCUCAGUGUGCUGGAGCUGCUGCCCAGCCAAGUGUUAGCUGUGUAGGAGGCUGCAGCAUGUCCCCCAGCGUGUCAUUGCUCCCCCCUGCCCCUCUGCUGUGCUCCUCCACCCCCAGCACACCACUCUGUACUAGGAAAGCUCCCCAGUGCCCAGCCUGAGCAACAGUACCAUGUUCUCUGUGACUCUGUACGUUAAUAAAGGUGAAAAGUCAUGACUGUAAGCACCGAGAGCCGUUCUUGCCCCAGCCCACCCUCCUCCUGCCUGCUGGGGAAGGGGCAGAACCAACAGGCCUCUUCCUCACAUCACUGCAAGGCUCAGGUUGAAGCUUUCAGCAUUUUAAUCAGAACAGUUCACAGGGCUCACUCAGGCCUGUACAAGGCAGGAGUACAGCAGUGGCCCCAGCUGCAGGGCGCCAGAGCUCAGGCUGUACACGUGUCUACACCAGCUCUGCACGGGGCUGAGCUUCACCAGGGGCAGCCUGCUCAAAUAAAUACUUCAAAUAUAGCCUCUUGCAAAUGC